AUGCAUGUCCCCGGGGAUCUAGGGUUUUCCAGCCUGGUCCUUGCGGCGGUGUGCCUCGCUUUCCCGGUUGUUAUCCUUCUAAUACAUCGCAAAUGGCGGCUUGCCGUCGCCAGGAACGAGGAGAUCAAUAGGCUCCUGGUGUUGGCGUCCGAGGAAGCUGUUAGAGCUGAGCUCGAGGCUACGGUUUCUUACAGUCCCGUCCCGGUGUCCCGGAAUGUGUACCAGUGCUUUGUUUGUUAUUCCCCAACCACUACGCGAUGUGCCCAGUGUAAAGCCGUCAGAUAUUGUUCUGGAAAAUGUCAAAUCAUCCACUGGCGGCAGGGUCAUAGGGAUGAGUGUCGUCCUCCGUCCAUCUUGAAUGAUGAUAUAACAAGUUUCAAGGUGGAGGUAGCAGAGCAAAUUGAGCCUCAUACUUAUGAUGCCAGAUGGGAGAAUGCACCAAGUGAUACAUCAUCCACUGAGCAUGCUUCUUCUGAUUCUGGUUCGUCUCCCGAUGUUGCACAUAGAAGGGAAGAAGAUACUAGAGUUGAUUUCAUAUCAGAUGCAAUGGGGGUGGAUUCGACAUCCGAAUCGUCAGGUACAUUCUUUUCAGGAUUUUCUAGUCCUGCUACAAGUAGAGAAUCGUCUGAUGAGGCUUCUGUAAGUGAAAGCAUCAGUUCAAAUGAUCAUGAGAGUCCAGAUAGACAAACAACCACUGAUUGUGCACCUGGCAUUCUUUGUUCUGGCUUGAGCAAAGGGGAUCGGCCCGAGCCGUUGUCUCCAAAAUUCGCUAAGUUGGCUGAUGCCACUGAUAAUGUUAAAAACAUGGUUAAUUCAGAUGGCAUCAAACUGUAUGGUGAAAAGCCUUCGAAUUUUUAUGUGUCUUCUAGUUCUUCGAGUCCCAGCAUCAACGCUACAUUUUCUAAAACCAACCCUGUUAAGAUUGCUUCUGAUUUUUGGUGUGGCGCUUCAGAGUCUGUCGUGGCCACUGUGGUGGAAGAUGAUAGUGCUAAAUCCAGUUCUGCUAGAGCUGUGAAGACUAAGGUAUCUGAUUCUGAUAAAAACCGUCACUUCAAGUACAACAUGGGCAGAACUGAUGCUCUUUCCUCUAAUAAACAACGGCCAGAGGGGAAAAAACUUAUAUCUGAUGAGGAACCCAGUAGGAACUCUGUACUGGAGAAUAUCACUGUGGAUGCUCCAAGAAUCAGCAGCGCUAAAUCUGGGAACUCGGAGAGGUAUACUCGUAUCAGGAAUGACUCAUGUGUGGAUUCAAAAGUCUUAAUAGCCCAUGAGCCUAGGGCUACAGCAAUAUCCUCUGCGCCGCUUGUAUCUUCCAAUUGCGAAGCAAUGUAUGGAGAUGCUCCGAAAGUUUCUCUAUCUUCUUCCUCGAACUCAAAGAGGUCAAAUCUUGUUGCUAGUGAUACAAUGACAGCUUCACUUUUGUCAAAACCGAGACUAUCUUCAAGUGGUCCUGAGCAUCAUCCUUCUAGUAUGUGUGGGCAUUCAUUGCCAAAUGUGAGAGAUGUGAAAGUUGAGAAUGGUGAAGUCUUUCCUGUUACUUCUAAUCAAUCUGGAAGUAUGUCUUCAAAUUCUAUGAGUGGAUUGAGAUCAUCAAUGAGGAAGGUUGUUGACCAUCUCAGAGGUCCUAAAUUCGGAAGAUACAGUAAUAAGGGCAUUUUCCCUUAUGAUCUAUUUGUAAAGUUAUAUUCUCACAAGGUGGAUUUGCAACCUAGCGGACUCAUCAAUUGCGGGAACAGCUGCUAUGCUAAUGCUGUCCUUCAGUGCUUGUCAUUUACACCUCCUCUGACGGCUUAUUUUGCCCAAGGACACCACUCUAAAGGCUGUGCAAGAAAGGAAUGGUGUUUCACUUGUGAGCUUGAAAAUCUGGUUUUGAAGACAAAGGAAGGGAGAAGUCCACUCUCUCCCAUUUCUAUACUUUCACAACUACAGAAUAUUGGAAGCAACCUAGGUAAUGGGAGAGAAGAAGAUGCACAUGAAUUUUUGAGGUAUGCUAUUGAUGCUAUGCAAUCUGUUUGCUUGAAAGAAGCUGGAAUUAAAGCAGUCGGCUCAACCGAAGAAGAAACUACCCUUAUUGGACUGACAUUCGGGGGCUAUCUAAGGUCAAAGAUAAAAUGCAUGAAGUGCCACUACAAAUCAGAACGGCAAGAAAGAAUGAUGGACCUCACUGUUGAAAUAGAAGGGGACAUAAGCAAACUAGAAGAUGCGCUCAGGCGUUUUACUAGCACUGAGAUUCUAGACGGGGAAAACAAGUACCAGUGUGGCAGAUGCAAAUCUUAUGAGAAAGCCAAGAAGAAGUUGACAAUAUUGAAGGCUCCUAAUAUUCUUACAAUUGCUUUGAAGAGAUUCCAGUCUGGUAAAUUUGGAAAGCUCAAUAAAUCGAUUCGGUUCCCUGAGAUCCUGGACUUGUCACCAUAUAUGAGUGGUACAAGCGAUAAAUCGCCAGUUUACAGGCUCUACGCAGUGAUUGUUCACUUGGACAUAAUGAAUGCUUCAUUUUCUGGUCACUAUGUGUGCUAUGUUAAAAAUAGCCAGAAUAGGUGGUACAAGAUUGACGACAGUGCGGUAACAACGGUUGAACUGGAAAGGGUCUUGACCAAAGGUGCAUACAUGCUUCUUUAUGCAAGAUGCUCUCCCCAGGCUCCACCGGGGUUGAUAAAGAAUGGAACAGUACUGUCUCCUGAUGUGAAGAAUAAUAAAGGCAGCAGUGCUUCCAAAAUCCACUCGAAGGUGGGACUAAUAAGUUCGAGAUCAAGUGGUGGUCAUGAGUCACUACAACACCAGCCCAAUUCAGUAGUGUCUGAUCCGGAUCAUGAAGCAGCAAGUGUGGAAUCUUUCUAUUUGAAGUUCCACCGGUUGCAGAGGAUCUUGGAAGAGGACUCCUCAUCGAGCGACAACUACUCUUUCACCAGCAGCAGCAAUUCUGAUGAAGGCUCAUGCAGCAGUGAUAGCACCCGGGAUUCCACAAGUGCCGAUGAUCUCUCCGAUUACAUUUUUGGUGGUUGGAACAGCAGCACUUGGAGGAAAGCAGCAGCAGAUUUUGACACCACCACAACCUCCUCAUCUUCAUCAUCAUCUUCGUCUCCGUUGUACUCGAGACAUUCACCCCUUUCGAACAUGGAACGAGAUACUUCAGCAGCAAGGUUUGCAGAUACAUCUGGAAGUCAUGAUCGGUUUUACCACGCUGAUACGGUUGAGCAUAAUAAUCACCGUAGUAGGAAAUUAGGUAGUAGUAGUUGUAGAGAAGCUGACUCGGAGAGAUUAGUAGGAUGGGUUAGUAACAAGUUGUCGUCAUUGUCUUCCAAUGAUGUAAAAUCUGGUGUACACAUUAGGAGAUCAGUGAGCGAAAGAACAGAUUAA